AUGGGGAAUGCAAUGAGCCUCCCAGAGGAAGUGGAAGAAGACAACGCAUGCACAGUAAAGAGCUAUCAGACUCUAUCUGAAUCUCCUGGCAAUAUUAAAAAUGGAUCUGUUGCAUUUGUUCAGGCUCGUUCUGCAAUGAAUGGUGAAGUGGAUGCAGAGGCAAGUGUUGCACGGGAUAAUGUGGCCGUUUCUUCCCCGAAGACAAUGGAGGAGCAGAGCCCUGUUCCCAACGCGGGCGGGCAGAGUCUCGGGAGCGCUGCCAGGAGAGCUCUGCCAUCUGCUAAAUCCCGCUCUGUCUUCGCGUUUUCAUGGUCUGUACCAGGGCGUACUGAAGAUCCAGCUACAGAUUCAUCAGUUGGAUCGGCAAAACUUGAUGUCAGCUCAGAAGCGCCCGGAGUGAACAAAGCACCAAGUGACAGCGCGGAGGUUCCCGCAGCAGCUGCGCGGGAGGAAGGCACACAUAAAAACCUGACCCAGGCCCCACUGGCAGCAUCGCUUCAUGACAUCGAUCUUGCAGCAUCGGUGACACCUGAGGGAGAGGAUGCGGCUGCCUCAAAGCCAAAACAAGUAACCUUCUUUGACAGGAUCUUCAAACUGGAGAAGGGAAAGGAAAGGAGUAAAACGCAAAUUGACACCCAGGAGAAAAGGCAGACUUCAGACCUUCCUGACAGGUGCAUCACAGCGAAAGAGGCUGCUGGAUUACAGAGUGCAUCAAGCAGUGUCCCACAGGGGAAGGAGAUAGAUGACUGCAACCAAAAAGACCUACAGCAGGACUCGGCAGGUGUCAACGGUAUCACUGCUGAGCAACCUGAAAAGGCAGAGGUAAAACAAGACAACCCCCAACCAGCUGCUGCAGGAGAUAACUCCGUCAUGAGUUUCCUUAAGACACUGGUCUCCCCAAGCAAAGCUGAAGCCAAAAGUGAUUCUGAAGACAAGGGAUCGAAAGCGGAAAAAGGCCAUGGUGGGCAACCUGCUCCGAAGAUAGCGGCAGAAUCACAAACUAAAGGAGCCAAGAAAAAGAAGGCAGAGAGUCCCAAGCUAGGACACAGUACAUUUAGUAAACUCUUUAGGCAUAAGGCUGCAAAAGAGACCCAACAGACAACUAAUACCAAAAGCGCUGAACAGCAGCCUGUUACCUCUGUAAAAUCAGACAAAAAUGUCCCUUCCUCUCAAGAGCCACAGACAACUAAGCAGAGUACAAAAGCCCCCGAGCCUGCAGCCCCACAGCAGGCAGCAGCCAGCGAAGCCCCCAAAGAGGUGACGAAGGAGAAAGCAUCAUCCACUCCUAUGCCACUGAGCAAGCUCUUCUGGAAAAAGAACGCAUCAGAAGCAGCAGAGAGCGUAAGCAAUGAAAAA